AUGCAUGCAAGUAGAGAGGAAAUUAUGAGCGAAAAGAGUCCGAAAUUUAGUAAAAUUUCAACAGAAUUAAGGGAAGAAGAAGUUGAGUUCGAGCAGCGAGAACAAAAAGAAGAAGGAGAAAUCACAGGUUCAGACGACGAAGAUUUUGACUACCCAUCGGUAUUUCGGGUCCCUCCGAACCGAGUUGAUUCCUCUCCUGCGCAAGAAGAAAGAGAAGAAGGAGAGAUUAUUUCCAGUUCAGAAGAUGAAGAUUAUGACUAUCUAUCAGUAUUUCGGGUCGAGCCUAACCGAAUUUAUUCUUCCAUUGCGGGUCAGUUGGAUACACCAUUAGGGGCUGAUGAACGGCCUUUGGUGAUGAAGAAGAGGUUUCAAUGUCGCGCAUACAACGAUAAUUAUGACAUCAAGGAGGCAGUUCACUUGGAUUUUAGGAGCUCUAAAAAGACAAAAAAGAUGGAAAUGAUGGACAAUGUCGACGAGAAUUUCCAAGUUAACUAUUCUUCAGUAAUGAAGAGAUCAAAAGAGGUUCAGGCAAAUCUGGACCCCGAAUUCCCUAGCUUCUUUAAGCUAAUGCUGCGUUUUUCUCAAGAAUUUUGGCUUCGUAUUCCUUCACAUUUCUGCAAAAUGCACUUGCCAAAGCAUGACGAAACAAUUUGUUUGGAAGAUGAAACUGGAGAAACAUAUGAAACAAGCUACUUUGCAGUUACAAUGGAACUAAGUUCUGGUUGGAGAGGAUUUUGCAUUCGGCACAACUUGCUUAGAGGCGACGUUGUUGUUUUCCAUUUGGUGGCGUUUUGCAAAUUUAAGGUAUACAUUGUAAGGGCAAGCACUUUACAGAAGGUUGAUGAAACUACUGGCAAUUCAAAUCUAGAUGCUAAUGCUAAAGAAAGAGACCUUAAUGCUGGUUUUCAAAGAUCGUUCAUUGAUUUUGAUGAGUUCAAGAUUAAAGUUAAGGGCGUCAGUGUAGACUCUAUGCUUACCGAAGACGUGCGUAGGAAGUAUUAUGAGCUUUGCCUCACUUGGGACUCUUACCUUCAUAAUCUUCUUCUUAAGAGCAUCAACUAUAUAUUAGCAACUGGAAUAAUUUUUGAGACAUUAAAAAUUGCUGAAUAUAUAAGCGGGUGA